AACCGUCAGAUACCUGCGCUGCGGUGGGAAACAUGUGGGGUUGGGGUUGCCGGCUGGGUAGGGCAGCCUUUGUUUUAAUUACACAGCGGACAGCGGUAACUGCAAGCGGCGGGCGAAGAGGGAGCCAGCUAGCACAGAGCCACCAUGGGGGCUUCCUACUGCGGUUGGAAUCGGCAGCAGGCAAUUGUCCUUUCCGCAACUCGAACUGUCUAAAACCUGAAAGACCCAAAGUGAUUGUUUGCCACUUUUGCACUGCUAAGGAUCAAGUCUCUUUCAAAGAACUCAAGGAGAUGCUAGAAUCCAAUGCCAUUUUACUUAUUGAUGUUAGAGAGAAAUGGGAAACUGAGCAGUAUGGAAAAAUCCGUGGAUCCAUCAACAUUCCAUUGGGCGAGGUUGUGGAAGCUUUACAGAUGGAUCCAGUUCAUUUUAAGGAGAUAUACAAUCAAGAUAUGCCUUCUAAAUCAGACAAUUUAGUCUUUUCAUGUAUGGCAGGAGUGAGAAGCAUCCAAGCUCUAGCUGCUGCAAAAUCUCUGGGUUUCAGCAGAGCUCAGCACUUUGCUGGUGGCUUCAAAGAAUGGACAGAGUAUGAAUCAUCAAGGAAAAAAUGACUUCUGGCUUAAUGACCUAUUCAGUAUCUGAAAUUGCCCAGGGCUAAGGCUAAUAUCAGCUAACUUUUCUUAACGAUCUACAUACUGUACAUUUAGGAACUGUUUAUGUAGUAAGAUAUUGGUUGUGUUAGACAGCAGGAAAGAAAUGAAACCUGUUUUUGAAUAUUCAGUCUGGCUUUUCACUAUUAUGGAAGUCUCUUCUCCAAAGGCUGUCAGAUCAUCUCCAAAGUCUGUCAGAUCAACCCCAAAGUCUGACCAUUUCCUCUUAAAUAGUUUUGCUUUAAUGUAAGAAAUUUGCAAUAGAUCCUUAUUGUAGGCUAAAUCAUUAUUUGCUUUUCCCCAUAACUGUAUAAUUUUGACUCUGAAUACACUAAUUGAAUUGUAUUUAAUCACAAUUUAAAAAUUCAAGUUGGGCAUUAUAAAAUAAGUAAUUAGACCCAGAAAAUGUAUUGCCUCGAACAACUUCAGCUAAAUUUCCCAGUAAUUUUUGCUGUACAUAGAGCUCAAAUGUUUAUCCAGCGUAUAAGAAGUAACCUGUGCUUCCUUUCCUUACUUUUAAGUUUUGGACUUUUUAUAGAGUCCUGCUUGUUGUCAUUGAUAUUCAGUUUUUCUAGUCUAAUACUACAUGUUUGUGGAAAUAAUUGUAUGGGGAAACAUGCUUUUAUCCAAAUAGGGAGAAGCAUUCAUAGUAUGAACACAACAUACUACAUCUACAUAACCAAUUACUAUUCCAUAUAAACCAGUUAAAUCAAAGACGCAAUCUGUUUCCAACUGGACAGCUUCCAUUGAUUUUAGUGGAUUGGGGUUCCUUUAUGUAUCUGUAAUACCAUCUUGAUUUGUUUGGUUGGUUUACUUGUAUUUCUGGAAAAAAAACUAGUCAAAAUUGUCCGUUUGCAUUUGUUUUUAUUCCUACCCAGCUAGUUCAUAUUACAAAUAAAGUUUAAACCCUCAAGGGAACAAAAUUAAUUUCCAAAAGGCUAAAGGACAAGGUGUCUUCAAACAAUCAUGUUAGCAAGGGUGUGGAACAAGACAACAAAAUAAGCAGAACAAAUAAGGAGAAUAUGAAAAGGCCAGAAACACAUCACUUCUCACAGAAGUGUUUUUGUAAGUCAGUAUCCAAACACACUUUAUAAAAAUAACUUACAGUUAAGUGCAAAGAGCCCAGUCAUUUGCAUACAAAAACACUUUGGUUACACUUAAUUGAAUGACAGAGCAAGUAGAGGCAGGCACUGCUGCUUUUUAAAAAUCAAGUUUUAGAACAAGCACCAAGUGACAAAAUUCUUCAAACCAACAUUCCUUUGUUUUUGUACCAGUAUAAUGUUGUUCUCUGAGACGAAAAAAGACCUAAGACUGAAAUCCAGUAGUUAUUUUUAUUCAACUUUGUUUUAGGAUAACACACAUUAAUUUCAUUACGAAAUGUGCACACUGUUCAUUAAAAUCUAAGGGUUAGGGUGUCCCUCAUAAGUCUCCCGAAUCCAUGAUAAUUUAUCUUUUAUCUGGCUCAAAUAAAGAGAUUACCACCCAAGUUGCAAAGUUUUUAUAUGUGGUCCAACAGAAACGCAGAGCUAUUACUACUAGUUAGUAAGAUAUUGGGUAUUACUCAAUUUGCCAUUAUUUUUAUUUCUGCUCUAUUUGAUUAUAUUGUGUUUUGUAUUGCAUUUUAGUUUAAUUUUGUUUUUAUUCUGUAUAUACUAUGGGUCUGUGACCGCAAUAAAUUAUUGAUGAUGGACAAGAUUCU